AUGCUGCUCCCUGGUGUGUAGAGGAGGAGAGAGAGCGUGUCCGCUGCCCAAUGACAGCGCAGGAUGCUGAGAGAGGCUGCUGGGGUGAAUGGAGGCGACAAGAUGCCGUCUAAAGCGGCGAAGGAGAGGAAUUAACAUCGAUCAAGAUCUGACUUUGAUGUGCUCUACCCAUUAAGGCAUGAAAUAAAUCACCCAUGUGUGGUUCAGAGGGUCAGAGCAGUCUCAUUUCAACGCGCUCCUGUUAAGGACCCUCUGGUGGCUACACCGCCGAUUCACAGGACAUGUACGGCAGUGCCAGAGCUGUAGGCCAUAUAGAGAGCAGCCCCGCACGGUCCCCGCGCCUGCCAAGGUCCCCCAGACUGGGCCAUCGGAGGGCCAACAGCGGGGGCGGGGGUGGUGCGGGGGGAAAGACGCUCUCCAUGGAGAACAUCCAGUCACUCAACGCUGCCUAUGCUACUUCGGGGCCCAUGUACCUGAGCGACCACGAGGGCGUGGGCUCCACUGCCACCUAUCCAAAAGGCACUAUGACUCUGGGUCGCGCCACCAGCCGGGCCAUGUACGGGGGCCGCGUCACAGCCAUGGGCAGCAGUCCCAACAUUGCUUCAGUGGGGCUGCCCCAUGCUGACCUUCUGUCUUACAGUGACCUGGGCUCCCUCUCCAUGCUGCACCACCACCACCACCACCAGGGGGUGCCCUCUGCUCUGCUGAGGCAGGCAGUGCGGGGCAGUGGUGGGGAGCUGCUGGAGAUGCAAGCCCAGCUCAGGGAUAUGCAGAGGGAGAAUGAGCUGCUGCGCCGAGAGCUCGACCUGAAGGACAGUAAGUUGGGGUCUUCCACCAACAGCAUCAAGAGCUUCUGGAGUCCUGAGCUAAAGAAGGAGAGGAUAAUGAGGAAAGAAGAGGCGGCUCGCACAUCAAUCCUUAAAGAGCAGAUGAGAGUCACUCAUGAGGAGAACCAGCAUCUCCAGAUGACCAUCCAGGCUCUGCAGGAUGAGCUGCGCACGCAGCGAGACCUGAACCACCUGCUGCAGCAGGAGAGCGGCAACCGCUCUGCAUCCGACCACUUCACCACCAUCGAGCUGACGGAGGAGAACUUCCGUCGGCUGCAGGCCGAACACGACAGGCAGGCCAAGGAGCUCUUCCUGCUGAGAAAAACCCUCGAAGAGAUGGAGCUGAGGAUCGAGACCCAGAAGCAGACGCUGGGUGCCAGGGACGAGUCCAUCAAGAAGCUCCUGGAGAUGCUGCAGAGCAAAGGGCUGCCUCCGGGGCCGGGCAGGGCUUCUGAGGAGGAGGAGCAGGAGAGGGCGAGGCGCAUCGCUGAGGCAGAGGCCCAGCUCGGACACCUGGAGGUCAUUCUGGAUCAAAAGGAGAAGGAGAACAUCCAUCUGAGAGAGGAACUGCACAGACGAAAUCAGCUGCAUCAGGAUCCAAGCAAAACCAAGGCCCUGCAGACCAUCAUAGAGAUGAAAGACACCAAAAUUGCCUCUCUGGAGCGCAACAUUCGGGAUCUGGAGGAUGAGAUCCAAAUGCUGAAGGCGAACGGCUUACUGAACACAGAGGACAGAGAGGAGGAGAUCAAACAGAUGGAGGUCUACAAGAACCACUCUAAGUUUAUGAAGACCAAGAUUGACCAGCUGAAGCAGGAGUUGUCGAAGAAGGAGUCGGAGCUGCUGGCUCUGCAGACAAAACUAGAGACCCUCAACAACCAGAACUCAGACUGCAAACAGCAUAUCGAGGUGCUCAAAGAGUCUCUCACUGCCAAGGAGCAACGUGCUGCCAUCCUGCAAACAGAGGUGGAUGCUCUACGUCUGCGGCUAGAGGAGAAAGAGUCCUUCCUGAACAAGAAAACCAAGCAGCUGCAGGACCUGACGGAGGAAAAGGGCACUCUAGCCGGAGAAAUCAGGGACAUGAAGGACAUGCUGGAGGUCAAAGAGCGGAAGAUCAAUGUCCUGCAGAAGAAGAUUGAGAACCUGCAGGAGCAGUUGCGGGACAAAGACAAGCAGCUGGGGAACCUAAAGGACAGAGUCAAGUCUCUGCAGACCGACUCCAGUAACACAGACACUGCCCUGGCCACGCUGGAGGAGGCACUGUCAGAGAAGGAGAGGAUUAUAGAGCGUUUAAAGGACCAAAGGGAGAGGGAAGACAGAGAACGUCUGGAAGAAGUGGAGUCCUACAAGAAGGAGAACAAGGAUCUGAAGGAGAAGGUCAACAGCCUGCAGAUAGAAUUAACAGAGAAAGAGUCCAGUCUCAUCGAUUUAAAGGAACAUGCUUCAUCCCUGGCGUCCUCUGGCCUCAAGAAGGAUUCAAAGCUCAAGUCACUGGAAAUCGCCAUCGAGCAGAAAAAAGAGGAGUGUAGUAAGUUGGAGACGCAGUUGCAGAAGCAAGCUGAGCAGCUAUUCAGUCACAUGAACAAUCCUAAGGCCCAUGAGGUGGAGCAGCAGUCCGGCCCCAGGGGGAACCCGGAGUACGUGGACAGGGUGAAGCUGCUGGAGAAGGAGGUGAGCUACUACAAGGACGAGGCCAACAAGGCUCAGACGGAGGUGGAGAGACUCCUGGACAUCCUGCGAGAGGUGGAGACCGAAAAGAAUGACAAGGACAAGAAGAUCGCUGAGUUGGAAAGCCCCCCUCCCUCUGCUCCUCGCCCCACCCCUCGUCCCGGUGGCAGAGCUCCCCCUGACCCGCUCCCUUCUGUGUCUGCUGCCCCCCAGCAGAUAGGGGGCAUGGUGUGGGAUUUCCUGGGAAAAUCUCCCAUGUUGUUUGACAAUGAACACACUGUGAUCUCCUCUGGGUGCUCUUUAUUAGUUUUUUUGUGGUUGUUUCUUUAUGUUCUGGUUCUAAUGUCUCUUAUUUUUACUUUUUCCUUUGUGUGCUCUCAUCUGCUGCUUCCAAUAUCUCCUCUACUUGUCCCAUCAUCCCCUUCUCUUCCACCUCCUCCUCUCCCCAUCUGCAGUCUAGCGCCCAGACAAGGAGGCAAAGACUCAACUAAGAAGGGGCCGAACAUCAAACUGGGACCUCAAGGGGACAAGAAGGAUUCUCGUAAGGACACCUCCAUGGACAGUGGCCACCACUUAAAGUUGGAGGAGCUGAUGAACACGCUGGAGAGGACGAGGCAGGAGCUGGAUUCCACCAAGCAGCGUCUCUCCUCCACACAGCAGUCACUGCAGGAGAGGGACGGCCACCUAACCAACAUGAGACAGGAGCGCAGGAAACAGCUGGAGGAGAUACUGGAGAUGAAGCAACAAGCUCUGCUGGCAGCCAUCAGUGAGAAAGAUGCUAAUAUUGCACUGCUUGAACUGUCUGCCUCCAAUAAAAAGAAGACCCAGGAGGAGGUGCUGGCCCUCAAGAGGGAGCGGGACAAACUGAUGCACCAGCUCAAACAACACACACAAAGCAGAAUGAAGCUGAUAGCCGACAACUACGAAGAUGAGCAAUAUCAUCCGCACGGUCCUCACCACCCCGGGCCACAGCCCCCACACGCUCAGCCACAGCCCCAGCCGCAGUACCCCCACGCUCCCCACGCUCCCCACGCCCAGCAGACUCCAUAUCCACACGCCAUGCAUCCGCAGCACCCACAGCACCCGCAACACCCGCAAGCCCCCCAGCAGCACCCACACCCACAGCAGCCACAACCUCAGUACCCUCACCCUCAGCACCCACAGCACCCCCAGCAGCACGCCCAGCACCCCCAACCGCCUCCCCAGCACCAACAGCACCCACGCCCCCCACAGCCCCAACACCCCCACCAACAGCACCCACAGCAUCCUCCACAGCACCCACACGGACAUGCCCCUCCGCAGCACCCUCACCCUCAGCACCCGCACGGCCCUCCCCAGCAAGGACCCCACCUCCAACAUCCACAUCCCCAGCACCCGCAACACCCUCAACACCCUCAACACCCUCAGCACCCACAGCACCCGCACCACGCCCAGCAUCCACGUCACCCAUCGCCCCAUCAUCGUGGAGGGCCGGCCCGAGGACCCCCACAUGCUGGUCACCGCCCUGCCCAGGACCAGGAUGACGACGAGGGCAUUUGGGCAUAAUCCUUGCUGUGACAACCAAAGUUCUAAUGUUGUUUUGAGGGAUGAUUCAGUCACUACUGGAGGAGCACAGCCAUGCCAUGAUGUUGAAACACUACCCGACCAAACAUUAAUUACCUCCACUCAAUCAG